AACAAGAACACACGUCUGUCCCCUGCAAGUUCCUAAAAUUCCAUGACUUCCGGGCCUGUUUUCUUGAAACGACACAACUGUCCCUGAUCCAACAGUCCCGAUUUUUUGUUUCUUUCCCCACCUCCAGUUUCUCUGAGUAAUAAAAACCAUCACGUUGGUGUCCCAUUCAUUCACUCUUCCGCAAAAACAUAGAAGCUGCAGAAAGAAAAGGCCAUAGAUUCCUCGCAAGUUCCCGUUCAGAUCUUCAAUUCUUGAAAGCAAAUACAAUAAAAGAAAUUAGGAAUAAUGUCGACGGAAAAUGAAAGAGAGAAUCAUGUUUACAUGGCAAAGCUCGCAGAACAAGCCGAGCGUUAUGACGAAAUGGUUGAAAGUAUGAAAAAGGUUGCUAAACUAGACGUUGAGUUGUCGGUUGAUGAGAGAAACCUACUCUCUGUUGGGUACAAGAAUGUGAUUGGUGCCCGUAGAGCUUCAUGGAGAAUCAUGUCCUCGAUUGAGCAGAAAGAGGAGUCCAAGGGAAACGAGAGCAAUGUGAAUCUGAUUAAGGGCUAUCGCCAGAAGGUGGAGGACGAGUUAUCCAAUAUCUGCCACGACAUUCUAUCAGUCAUCGACAAGCAUCUAAUUCCCUCUUCUCGUUCUGGAGAAGCUACUGUUUUCUACUACAAGAUGAAAGGUGAUUAUUACCGCUACCUUGCUGAGUUUAAGACCGAUCAGGAAAGAAAAGAGGCGUCUGAACAGUCACUCAAGGGAUAUGAGGCUGCUUCAGCCACUGCAAGUACAGAUCUGCCAUCGACCCACCCUAUCCGUCUGGGUCUAGCUUUAAACUUCUCAGUGUUUUACUAUGAGAUCAUGAAUUCUCCUGAGAGAGCUUGCCACUUGGCUAAACAAGCAUUUGACGAGGCCAUUGCUGAGUUGGAUACUUUGAGCGAAGAAUCUUACAAAGACAGCACCUUAAUUAUGCAGCUGUUGAGAGACAACCUCACUCUCUGGACCUCCGAUUUGCCUGAAGAUGGAGGUGAGGAGAAUGCUGCCAAAGCUGAGGAACCCAAGGAAGAAAAACCAGAGAACUAAGUGCUCGACAGCACCUGCAUCGAGUUACGUAGGCCAAGAACGUGUUCUUUGAAGGGUGUAACAUUUCCAAGCCUUAUACUGACUUGGGCACUGCGGACUGUUGGCAGUUUUGAGAUAUCUGCAAAAGAAGAGAUUUUCAGGAUUAACCUGCCUGCGUAUUGCCUACCGUUUUCCCACCUUAUUCCUACUGUCAAAAGCUUUUGGCUUUCGAGAAAUUGUGUUUUUUGCAUACAAUGAAAAUGCAAUGAGACAAUAUCUAUAUUUCAUGACAUUCUAUAUAUAUAUACAAUUGGCUUGCUGCAAGUUUUAUC